AUAAAUUUUUAUGAGAAAUAGAGAGAGAUGGAUGAACCGGAUGAAUCGAGUCGAUGAUCGAAAAAGUUUCCGGCGGUGAGUAUUUUGCGCGCGGUCACUGUCACCGGCGGCGUAUCGACAUUAUUCUCGACAUCGAGGAUGUCAACCGACGGUAGUCCAGACAAUGACCGACCAUCUCCCUCCCUCCCUCCCUCCAUCCCUCUAACCCCUAAUUUCCUCCCACUCAAGAGGCAUGGCCUGAAAAACACACGAGACACGCACGGGAGCGAUUAAAGCGGAGUAUCGCGGGAGAACGUGUCGCGAGUUUAUUUACGGCGUCUAAUCGUAUGAUAUAAACUAAGGGGGACAGAGAGAGGGAAAAAGAGAGAUCUUCCAAAAGUAUCCGGCGAACGAUCGAACGAAGAGGUAGAAGAAGGACGCAGCAAAGAAGAGUCAGAACACUCUAGGGAGUCCCGUUUUGUGCACUUGACACGUAGCGACACGUAGACGGCGUUGCCCAGAGAAAGAAGAAAGGUGGAAGAGGUAAAAAAGGAAGGAAAGAAACGAAAAUAAUUGACGAGUAUCAACUCCGUCGCGAUUUAAGAGGGAGAAUAGAAACGGAGGAUUUAAAUAUGGACGAAGAAAUUGAAGAAAAACUACCUGAAAAAGUAGCCGCGGAAGUUUCUUCAGAAAUUAAAAUCGGUGGUAUAGAGGGAGGGGGUACCUAUUCCACGCUUGUAAUACUCAAUCAUAAAGGUGAAAAAUUGAUAGAAAUUAAGGGCCCCGAUACCAAUCAUUGGGUUCUGGGGAUAGAAGAAACGGCCGCUAGGAUUAACGCGAUGAUCGAGCAUGGCAAAGAACUAUUGGAUAUACCGAAAACGGUUCCCUUGGACUGCGUGGGUCUAAGCUUAAGCGGUUGCGAGGAAGAGACUACCAAUAAUCUUCUAAUUAAUAUACUUCUAAAGGAAUAUCCAAAUGCUGCUAAAGAUUAUUACGUUAGUUCCGACACGUUAGGUAGUCUCAGAACUGGUUUAGAAAACGGUGGAAUCGUACUAAUCGCUGGAACAGGAAGUAAUGCCCUACUGAUUAAUCCGGAUGGAAAAACUCAUGGAUGCGGUGGAUGGGGUUAUAUGAUGGGAGACGAAGGCAGCGCGUAUUGGAUCGCACAUCGAGCCUGCAAAUACGUUUUCGACGACAUAGACGACCUAGUGAAGUCUCCUCAUCCUAUUUCUUAUAUCUGGCCGGCGAUGAGAGACUUUUUUCAAGUGAAAGACAGAACAGACAUGUUACCGCAUUUGUAUUCGAAUUUCGACAAGAGUAAAUUCUCCAUGUUCGCUAAAGAAAUCGCAAUUGGUUGUGAGAAAGAAGAUCCUCUUUGUCUUGCCAUCUUUGAAGAAACCGGUCGACUUCUCGCUCGACAUAUCGUGGCACUUUCCAAAAAAGCCCAUAACGAUCUUAAACUAUGUCAUGGCGGUCUUAAAGCGAUAUGCGUUGGAUCCGUUUGGAAAUCGUGGAAAUUCAUGAAGGACGGUUUCAUGGAUGAAAUUCACAGUGGAUUGGUCGUCGAUGAACUUAGUCUUCUCAAUCUAACGGCUACGUCCGCGUUGGGAUCGUCCUAUCUAGCUGCUGAAAAGAUCGAUUGCCCUUUCGUUAAGUCUUACGACGAAAACGUACAAGUCUUUUUCCAUUAUAAACGCGAUAAUUACAGUAAAAUAGAAAAUUCACAACGAACUCGACAGUGCAUAAAAAAUGAUAAUGAUGAAAAUAUUAAAAUAGUUACAACUACUUGUUAAAUUAGAAUAUUUAAUAUUUCUGUCCGAGAUAAUUGAAGGUUACAUCGAUAAGAAACUAAUGAUACCUAUUUAACGACUUCUAAAGGCUGCAAUAUUUCUACAGUUGUAACGGUCAUACAAAAUGAAUAAAACAUUUUAAUAAGAAUUUA